UAAUCCUUCCCUUUUCCAGCUGACAAAGGGAACUCUCUGAGCGCGCAUGCGGAAUACCGGACUACAAGUCCCAGCAUGCUCUGAAAGGCGCCGGGAACGCCUGACCGCCGCCGUAGGUGCGGGCCGCAUGAAUGGAGCUUCGGGCGUAAGGCAAAGCCUACCGCCGUCCGCGCGGCCGGUACCUGCUCCCGGAGCGUGAGUGCGGGGUGUGGGCCGUGCGCGUGCGCGCUCAAAGGGAGCGCGAGGCGGGCGCGUGGCCGUUGAGGUGGGCGGCUGUAGUGCCGCGCGCCCGACUGGCCGGUAGUUGCGGGGCCUCCUGCCUCGCCGGGGGCUGCGGGCAGCCGUGGCGGCCGCCGGGGACCGCAAGGGGCGGAGGAAAGCUGGGGGCGGAGGGGGCCGGCCUCGGCACGCAGAGGAACAGCAGGGCAUGCCCCGAGACAACAUGGCCUCCCUGAUCCAACGGAUCGCCCGCCAGGCGUGCCUCACCUUCCGGGGCAGCGGGGGCAGCCGCAGCUCUUCCGACCGCGGCGAGGCGCCAGGCCCCGAGGCGCCGAUGUCGCAGGGCUUCCCGGAGAACCUGAGCAAGCUGAAGAGCCUGCUGACCCAGGUCCGCGCGGAGGACCUGAACAUCUCCCCGCGCAAGGCCACGCUGCAGCCGCUGAGGCCCAACCUGCCGCCAGUCACCUAUAUGCACAUCUGCGAGACAGACGGCUUCAGCCUCGGCGUGUUCCUGCUGAAGAGCGGCACCUCCAUCCCGCUGCACGACCACCCGGGCAUGCACGGCAUCCUCAAGGUGCUCUACGGCACCGUGCGCAUCAGCUGCAUGGACAAGCUGGAGGUGGGCAGCGGGCAACGGCCGCGGGCCCCGCCACCAGAGCAGCAGUUUGAGCCGCCUCUGCAGCCGAGGGAGCGGGAAGCGCUAAGGCCGGGUGUGCUGCGCUCGCGCGCGGAGUACACGGCGGCCAGCGGCCCCUGCGUCCUCACGCCACACCGGGACAACCUGCACCAGAUCGACGCUGUGGAGGGGCCCGCCGCCUUCCUAGACAUCCUGGCCCCGCCCUACGACCCCGACGACGGCCGGGACUGUCACUAUUACCGGGUGCUGGAGCCUGUCAGGGCCAGGGAGGCCUCCGGCUCGGCCUAUGACCUGCCCCGAGAGGUGUGGCUCCUGGAGACCCCGCAGGCCGAUGACUUCUGGUGCGAGGGGGAGCCCUAUCCAGGUCCCAAGGUCUUCCCUUGAAGCCGCCGGCGCCCGGGAUUGGUGGGCCAAAGACAUGCCCUACUCGUAUCUGGGCUUGGCUGACCGCGACCCAUCACAAAGGCUCUCUUCCUUCCCCCAGGCCUGGGCGUUGGAUCUACUGGAAUGGGCUGUAGCCGCUUCCUCGGGAGCCUUGCGAAGCGCGGCGACUGGACUGCAGCCACCGGGCACCGUUUGGGGGGCGGAGCAGGCGGGGAAGCUAGGUUGUUUCCUGGCUCUGUCACUGCCACUGAGGUUUUGAUUUGUGGGGAGGGGGCAGGGGUCUUAUAUGAAGCGCUUCCAUCCUCAAGCCAUAAUGAAAAUUUCCUUUCCUCUGUUCCCCGUCCUAUACAAAAUACACUAAGUGGUUUUCUCCGCCCCCCUCUUUGGGUAAAUAGGAUUUGUUUUCCACUUACGUCCUUAUGCCCUUUUACUCCUCAUUAUUAUAGUUCUAACUUACUGACUUUGCAUGACCUAGUGGUUUGAAUUGUUUUUAGUUCAAGGCAUUGAUAAAAACUAGGUUUAAAGAGAUGAGCUAUUAUUUAAAGUGAGCUGUCCGGCCUAAUGAAGUCGUUGUGAAAAUUAAAUCCAUUUUUCCAGAGUUGGGGGAUUACCCCCAAACGUAAGUAUGCAUGUAGAGGGCAAGAUUUAUUUUCUUUCCUCCCGUUGCCCAGUAACCACAUCUGGGUUACUCUGGCAGCAUCUAAUAAGAAAUACAAGCACCUGCAUAUCUCAGUGACAAAUGGACACUUAGAGCUUCCCGAUGAGUCUCCAGAUCUCUGAGUUGAGCAGAUUUCUUGUUGCAGAUUCACCUUUAAUGCAAAAACUAUAUUAUCCUCAAGUGACUUUUUUUGUCUUAGCGUACUUUAAGAAGUAAUAGGGUAAUUCUGUAUUUUCUAACCAUAAGAUUCAGAGGAGCUGAAUCGGUAUGCUUCCAAACAACGGAAUGUAAAACACCCUUAGCCAGCUGUUGAAUUCUGUGCCCAUAUUUACUUCCAGUAUUUUCCUGCAAAAGUAGAGGAAAAUGUUCAUGACUGUUUCAAAUUCUCUCAGGAGUUCUAACGUUCCAGGGGGCUUGAUGAUUCCAGCUGUGUUGUUGGUGUCAGUGUUCUCAGAACCUUGUCCCUCAAAUAGGAGAGAGCCAGUGCUUGCUUCAUCUAGGGUGAGUUUUCUGCAGGAAGAGAGAGAGGCACAGAUGAUCAAGGCUAGAAAAUUGAGAAUUAACUAUACUGCUGGCCACUUUAGGGCACCAAAACUUGGGACAAAACACUUCCCAUUCCCAACCGCUUGAAAUGAACAGCUGUGUUGUGACUAGUUUUAUUUUUGUCCUUUUAAUUGGCUGAGCUUUACCUUGUUUACAAAUGUAUUGACACCAUUUGCUUCAGGCCAAGGAACACUCCUGUUUCCCCCUUUUUACUAUUUAUAGGACUCUUUUUUUCACAAAACUUUUAAUAAAAAAAACUGUAGAAAUAAACACAUUAAAAUUUGUCCAGCUGUUGUCUAAGCCCUCUUGAUUGACUUGCCCAUGUGGCAGUUGAGUUCUAAUAUCUGUAAUAAAGGGAGAUUUGCUAUUGGUGGGAAGUGAUGACCCUGUAGGGAAGCAGUAUGUGCCUUUGCCUCUUUUCGCACACUGGGUUACAGAGGCCCAGAGUGAAGGAAUAUUUGUUCCCAAAUUUAAAAAUAGAAUGAAAAAGCAAAUUCUUAAUGACUUUUCUUAAAAAACAAAUUACAAAAAAGAUGCUACUAAACAUGAUAUGCCACUGUGUUGUAAAACCUGACACAAGCAUAAUGCAUUUCUUCCAAGUUUGCUAAAAUUGUUUUAUGGUAGUGUCACAUUCUGGUGUGGUUUAGUAUACCUUAGGGGCAGUUUGAAGCAGUUCUUCAGGCCAUUCAGUUUGAAAUUAAAUUCUGGAUAUGCAAAUGAUGAUUUUCUUUAAAAUUGUUCACAAAAUGGGUUUUUUUCAUAGCACAAUGAUGAAUGUGUAUGGUUAUCACAUACCUACCUGUUUUGAAUUAUAUUGUAGCAAAAAGUUGAUCAACUUACAAUGAUUGUUGAUAAUGAUAUAUAGGUUAUAAUACAAUCUGGAGUACAUUAAACUAACCUACAAAAACUCAUUCUGGCAACAGGACAGUAAUAAAAGAGAACUUGUUUUUGCAAACUUCAUUAUGAAAAAUUUUUAAGUUCUCAAGUACAAGCAAGUUAAAUGAAGAAGACUAAGGUGCUUUUCAAAAGAGUAACUGAAAUUAUCACAGGCCAAAACAGCAUUAUAUCUCUCUAGUUCAAUAAGAACAGUGAAACUUUCGUUUCACUAAUAAUUCUGAGUAAAUUAAUGGUGAAAACAAAAUUAACUUGUUUUAAUGAGCCACCAAGGAAAGAAUAUUCUUAAUACAGAGACAAAAUGUGGUGCAGAAAAGCCUUGCACCUUUCUGCAUAAACUGUUAGAGGUGACUUAAUGUGCUGCUGUUGUGUUUCCAUAUAUUCCUGCAAUAUGGGUAACAACUGUGGGAAAAAAGUUGUCUUCUACAAAGACUAAUGAGCACAAUGAUACUAAUCACUUAACUUUCUGUUGAAUAACAAAUGCAAUAAUUGCCUCUCAUGGGUGAGAAGUUGUCUAAUACUUCUAAAGCUUUUUAAUUCUCUGGUUAUAUCAAUUCAGAGUGUUGUAUGUCUACCUACUACUUUAUGAGAAUUGAUUUUUUUAUUAAGCCUAAUUUGCAUGGAUUGAGUUUAGACCAACUGCUGUUUAUCAGUGAAAAUGGUGAACCUUUUUUCAAAGUAAUGUGUGUUUGUCAACAGGAGUGGGUUACCUGAUCUUUUAAUGCUAACAGCCCUUAACUUCUCCGAAAACUCACAAUUUAUGUUCCUUCUUUUGCAUUGUUCCCUUGUAGGUGCCUUAGUCUAGGCAUCUCAGGAGGACUCUCAUCACUCAUUUAUUCCAAAUGACUUGGAGUCUUGUGCUCUAGCUCUACUGUUAAACGAAAAAGCAAUAUAUCUUUAAUUCAGGGCUCUGCCCAUUGCUAUUCAACUCUAACCUGAGGGCAGUGCCACUCCUGUAACUCUCCUGUUCUGAAUUCAGAACUUCACAUCACAAACAGAAGCUGACCAUUGAUUAUUCACGUUCAAUGAGUGGCAAAGAAGGAAAUCAUUUGUUAAGCCCCAUAUAGAUACUGAAUCUUCUGAUCCAGCGAUGUUUACAUUUCUAGAUUAAAAUCAGUGUACUUGUGGAAAAUAAAGUCAUUUUUGAAAUUGUU